AAAAUCAAACUCUUUUUUAAACUUAUGUUGUUAAUAGAAAUUUGUUUUAAACUUUAUUUAAAACUUUUUUUUUCAGGUACAUUUGCAGUGAAAGUGAUUGGUUUAUCGGCGAAAAGUUCAUGCAUUCAAAGUCGGCAUGUAUGUCCAUAUUGUUCAUACAGCACUUAUUAUUCUACUGCUCUAAAUAAACAUGUUCGAACGCAUACUGGAGAAAAGCCUUUUGAAUGUGAUGUUUGUAAGAAAAAAUUUAGUCAAAAGCACUCAAUGUUGUCUCAUAAGUAUAAUAGACAUUAUUCUGAAAGCUUAUACUGCUUCUUUUCAGGCACAUUUGUAGUGAAAAUGAUCGACUCAUCGCUGACAAGUUCAUUGAUUCAAAGUCGACAUUUUUGUCCAUAUUGUCCCUACAGUACUUAUUAUUCCACUGCUCUAAAUAGACAUGUUAGGACACACACAGGAGAAAAGCCAUUUGAAUGUGAUGUUUGUGAGAAAAAAUUUAGUCAAAAGCACUCAAUGUUGACUCAUAAGUAUAAAAGACAUUUUUCGAAAUCUCAGUCAGGCAAUAGUUUUACACAAUAAGUGCAAAAUGUUUUUAACAUUUAAAUAUAUUGAAAAAAAAUUUUUUAUAUAUAAACAAACAUUAUUGGCUGCUAUAAUUUAAAGUAAAAUGUCUUUUAGAUGGAAUUUUGUAAUUAUAUUUGUUUUUAAAAUAGUAUGUUAUUUAAUAGUGUAGUCAUAGGCGUAGUGUGAGAACACUUUUGUUUAUAGGUAAGUGUUUGUUUAUUUUAAGUUUUAUAUAUAUAGACCUAUUUAUUUUUUUAUAUGUAUGCAUAUUUGUAUAUUAAAGAAGGUAUAAAACUUAAAAUAGAUGAACAGUUAUCUAAAAACAAAAAGUGUGCCCCCUCAUGCUGCACUUAUG